UGUCCUUUUGAAUAAUGUAGCGAUAGAGGCAAGCUACCCUCUACGCACAGAAUCUUAUAAAGCUAUCAUCUCUGCGGAAUAUUACACAAUUAAGAGUGUAGCAUCAUCUCAAAAUAUACUCUCUUUCUUUCUAUCUCAGUCUACUUUAUUUUUAUUUGCAGGAUUUUGUCACGAAAUCUGGUUUUUAAGUCUCCAUGAUGCCUCACCAAAACGGGAUUCCCCCACUAGUGACUGCACUGAAAUCUUCAGCCGAAAAAAAUGCAGCGAGUUUUCACUUUCCUGGACACAACAGAGGGCGUGCUGCACCUGCUUCCAUGACUGCGCUCAUUGGAAGAAAACCCUUUGUUCAUGACUUGCCUGUGCUUCCAGAACUUGACUAUCUCUUUUCUCCCAACGGUCCCAUUUUAGAAGCACAGCUUGAAGCAGCAAAGCUCUUUGGAUCCUCACACACAUGGUUUCUUGUCGGUGGUACAACUUCUGGAAUCCAGGCAGCCAUAAUGGCAACAUGUUCUCCUGGGGAUGUUCUCAUCCUUCCAAGGAAUUCUCAUGUAUCAGCUAUAUCUGCAUUGGUAUUAUCUGGUGCAGUGCCUAAGUACAUCAUUCCUCACUUUCACAAUGAUUGGGACAUUGCUGCUGCUAUCACUCCAUCUCAGGUAUUGCAAGCUAUCCGGGAAGUAGAAAUGGAAGGGAAAAAAGCAGCAGCAGUGUUCAUCACUUCACCAACUUAUCAUGGUCUUUGCAGUGACUUGAGCAGGAUUUCUGAGCUGUGUCACUCUCAUAAAAUCCCUUUGAUUGUUGAUGAAGCCCAUGGCGCACAUUUUGCAUUUCAUUCUAAACUGCCUAAGUCAGCUCUCCAGCAAGGUGCUGAUCUGGUCGUGCAGUCCACUCACAAAGUUUUAUGCUCUCUUACACAGUCAUCCAUGCUGCACAUGUCAGGCAACAUUGUAGACAAGGACAGAGUUUCUGCAUGUCUCCGAACUCUCCAAACCACAAGCCCUAGUUUUCUGCUUCUGGCAUCCCUUGAUGCUGCUAGAGCUCAACUCAGUGAGAACCCUGAUACAGUAUUCCGCCAAGCAAUUGCAUUAGCCGAUGAAACAAAAUCUGUGCUAAAACAAAUACCUGGUAUCUCAGUACUUGAUAAUUCAAGCUUCCCAGCCUCUCCUGCAGUUGAUCCAUUGCGUCUCACUGUAGGGUUUUGGAAUCUUGGUUUAUCAGGUUCUGAAGCAGACAAAAUCUUAUACAAGGAUUAUGAUGUUAUCUGUGAAAUAUUUGGGAAUAGAUCAAUAACUUAUGCACUUAAUCUUGGGACUUGUAGGGAGCAUGUCCACAGGCUUGUGUUGGGUAUUAAGCGUUUGGCUGCAACAUAUGGUUCCAUUCCAAAAGCAGAGAAGAAAGUGGUGAAUGUUCAUGCACCCUUUGAUGAUGUAAUAAUGAGUAUGAUCCCUAGAGAUGCGUUUUUUGCAAGUAAAAGAAAAGUGGCAAUAAGAGAGAGCAUUGGUGAGGUUGCAGGGGAGAUUAUAUGUCCCUACCCUCCUGGUGUACCAAUAUUGAUCCCUGGUGAGGUUGUAACUGAAAACAUUGUUGAUUAUCUGCUUCUUGUUACAAGUAAAGGCGCUGAAGUUAAUGGGGCAUCUGACUCUUCGCUUUCUUCGAUAGUUGUCUGCGGUAAAUUAGCAGCUGGGAAGGAGCACCCUUAAGCGAAAACUUCCAAAGUGGUGCUGGUCUGUGUUAGUGUACAAUGAUUUUCAUAGCUGAAGAAAUUUUCUAGCAUUGAGCAACCACUAUUGAGGGGCUAAAUAUACUACCCUCAUCUUUAACUAUGAGAUUCUUUGGAGAAAUUUGUCUGUGUUUUAUAAGAUUUUUCUUUUCAUAAA